GCCCCUUGAACCCUGUCCUGGGGUCAGGGAAGUUAAUCCCGGAAGUGAAGGCGUGGGGAGUCCAGGGAGAGGCGAGAUAUUCUGGAGCUGAUUUCCCAGGCGGGAAGGAAGGCUGAAGAAUCAUCCUGCAGAGGUUUUAAAAAGCUGAGAGUGGCUGGUGAUUGGAGAAGCUGUUCUUGCACUCCUGCACUGGGAUGCUUCAGUCAUUUGUGUACCAAGGCCCUCUGGCCUCCAGAUUGGUGUUAGCUUUAUAACUGGUCAGAGGUGGGAUCCCGGAUGCUGUUGCCCCAGGAGACGGACUGGGCCUUAGCGACCACCAACGUCUUGCUCUUCAUCGUGUCCGUGGUGGCAUUUCAGCAUGCUCGUAAGGUGAACGUGGGUUCAGCAGCUGCCUUUCUCCUGCAGGCAUGUGCGGCGGCGCUGGGCGCGGUCUGCCACUGCAGUGGGGACCUGGCGCCCCUCCUGCGCCGGAGCCAGCGGGAGGCAGCCUGGGCCUCCGCUGUCCUUGGUCCAGCUGUAUUCGCCUUCGCCUUCCACUGGUCCAACCGCGACCGGCUAGCUGCCAACUCGGUGCUGACCGGCGCUCUCCUGGCCGCCGCCUGUUCGGACCCGCUGGCUGGAGGCGGGCAGUGUCCAGCGGUCCGAGCGGCCAUGGCUGCUGCUCUGCUCUCCGUCCUCACCGUCAGCCUCUUCACCGUCAACGGCUGGGGGGUCGCCGGCAGUCUGCUCGGCCUGCUGGCGGGCGAGCUGCCUCCCGCCGGGCUGCUGGGCCUCAGGAGCCCCUGUGGGCAGAACCUGCUGCUGGUGGCCAGCACUGUGGCUCUGCAGCGGGCACUGGGGGCACAGGACAGCGCUGAGCUGGUGUGACCUGCUCGUCACUCGGGUGCAUGUUUGGGUGGUUUCAGUCGUGAUGCUGUCAUGUCUCCAGGAGUCCCAACGUUCGGAGUACACUUCCGGCCUCCCCCCGCAGGAGUUUGCACGUUGCCGGCUCCAUAUUGCAUUUCUAAAUAAA